UUCAUUUCCGCUCCCUCCCCCGUGUUGUUGCUGUCAACAGGGAGUGCAGCUUUUACUCGGAGCACAGUCAGUUAGGCAGCCGAGCACUCCUGGCCUGAACCAUGAACCAGACUGACCCCAGCUCCUUAGAGACAGGCCAGGCUAAGUGAGAUCUUACACACCAGAGCGACCAGAAGCAGACGCCACAGGCCAGCAUGUCCAGUAAAGGCCCUCCGGGAGAGUCAGUGAUGAGGAAACCGACCUCAAGGGUUUUUGACCAAGAGGAGCUGCUUGGGGCUUUGAUGCCAACCUUGGAGGCUUUGUACCAACAGGACCCUGAGUGCCUUCCUUUCCGUACGCCUGUGAACCCAGAGUUUCUGGGAAUUCCUGACUACUUCGACAUCAUCAAGAACCCCAUGGAUCUGUCGACCAUUUUUAAAAAGUUGGACACAGGGCAGUACAAGGAGCCAUGGCAGUAUGUCGAAGACGUCUGGCUGAUGUUUAACAACGCCUGGCUGUACAAUCCAAAGACGUCUCGGGUCUACAAGUACUGCACCAAACUGGCCGAGGUGUUUGAGUUUGAGAUCGAUUAUGCUAUGCGGUCCCUGGGCUACUGCUGUGGGAGGAAGUACACGUUUUCUCCCCGUACUACUCCCUGCGAUCACAACAGCAUGUGGUGACCCCUCCAAGCCUAAGACGUCAUGGAGAUGCUUCAACAGAACGAUCCCAACACACCAACAUCUGAAGUAAAUUACUAAGAAAUACCCUUCCUUACAGAUGUGCAUUAGUAUCCAUCAUUUCUCCAGCUGAGAUCAUCAAAAUCUCAGCUUCAAAGAUCGCAACAUUAAAAUAAAACAGUCACCCAUUAUUAUCCUUUGUGUUCAAACACAUCCAAGGGUCACAUUUUCAUUCUUACAAAGGUUCUCCCACCUACUUAGAUGCAAGUUCUCAGAGGUGUGCCUUACAAUUAUGAACUCUUUGAUAAAAAAAAUCUUCUGGGUUUAAAUCAUCUUUGUUCUCAUGGGUUACAAUAAUGAAAUACAUGGGAGAGAAUGAACUGAUUUAAUCUUAAACAUGUCCUUUUAUAAUCAUUAUGUCUAUUCUGUGAAUCAUAUAUCCAUAGAGCUCUGCAGUGAAGAACAAUUAACCAUUCACUUUUAGUUGAAACAAAAAAUGUUACGGUAACUCAUAGAUGCUUACAAAUAGGGUGUCUUAUGCACACUUGCUGUACUGUUAUAUGUAAACUAUAUUCCAGAAGGGAGACAUUUUCCUAUAUUCAGCCUGUUUGUAUCACAGGAUUAGGUUGAUGUACACUAAGAUCUAUUUUUCUCACGUCUUUUUUAUUGCUAUGAGGACAUUAAGUCAAAAUAGAUAUUUUUAGAAUUGAUUUUUUAUUAUUACUCCUGUUUAAACACCUAUUAGUUAUUAAUUGGUUACUAGCUGUGUUUGCACUGAUGUUAGAAAUUCACUUUUUAUUCUGAGCAUCAGCAUCAGUGUAGUUCAUGUAAUGUCUGUAUGUAUACACACAAUCUUCUUUAAGUUGAAAACAGGUCAAUCUUUGGCACUUAAAUAAAGUCCUGGACCAACACUCUCACAUGUUUGUACACUCCAGUGUUUGUGCGUGUAGAUGCUGUCCUGUUCACAGCAUGUUAUUGUGACCAAUUAAAUCUCCAUCGGUGUUUAAGUGCAGCCUUUUUUACUGGGUAUGUGAGCCAAAAAAGAUAAAUGUGUAUUAUUUACUAUGAUGCUCUUGCUACAGAAUGAAUAGAGCUCUGUACCACUUUAUAUGCACUUAAAAUAAAUUAGGCUUUUGCUUAAAUUUAA